AUGACCCAUCUGGUAGACCCCAGUGGUGGACCAGCUGCGCCCGGUGUGUCUGUGCGCAUGUUUGUGUUUCCGGUACCCGCUGCUGGUGGUCAGGGUUAUGAUUGGCUGAAUGAAGGCAAACAAGCCCGAAACAGUGCUGUAGCAAUCUACCCUCCAGACUCUGUCGUCUCCCCUCUGAUAGCAAACCUGCUUGGUUGGUUUUCAUCUGCGCCUGAGCUGUUCAUUCCACCUUUAGCGUUUCCUUUGAAUUAUUAAGCCGGCUUUGUUGGGUAAAUUGUCCUGCCCACAGCAGAAGUUCGUUUGUUUGCUAAGAUGGUUUUUUUUGAGUGAUUCUCCCUCUGCCCACCGUUUUCCUUGUGAAAAUGCAGAGUGGAUUAUAGCCUAUAUGAUACUUAAGCCUACUUUGGUAUUGUUAUUGGCUUUGUAGGGCUGCGAGUGUGUAACUGCGACAUUUGUGGCGUAUCAUUGUCGGACAACAACAAUCUGAAGAAGCACAUUGAUACCGUUCACAAUGGUAUGUUUCAGUUAUCUGCAAGUUGUCGUCUCAACGUUUCGACAAAUUCUUCUCUGUGUCACCGCUUUUCUCCGUCCUGUUUCCCCAUAUUUCUGCAUGUUAUUGUAGCCUUGGGUAUUCCCUACAAGCCCUGUAAUUUUUGUAUUCGACUAUGCAGCACUGUAGCGGAUACAAUGACAGUGUCGUGACCACAACGGACCAAAAGAUAGUUGUAAAUACAUAGAUAAUUUGUAGCUCGAAUUUUUCUCAUUAAUUUCCUAUUCCCUUACAAUUUCUUCUUCGAAUUAUGUUUUUUGGGAUGCCCGUCUUCCAGUAUAUAUAUGUGGCUGAAUGAAGGCAAACAAGUCCGAAACAGUGCUGUAUCAAUCUACCCCCCAGACUCUGUCGUCUCUGUAGAUCAGAGGUGGUAUGCAUUUCGAGUUGACAUAAUGAAAAGUGGAAGAGGUUCUUCGGAAAAGUCGAGUUGUACUCGUGAAUUUUCGAGCUGGUGACACCAACCCGUCGUCAGACGAAAUGCAAACAAGAGAGAAAGUUAGGUUGUCACAGUAGACCAGUUGGCGUGAUAGGACAGACAGACAACUGGCGUGUGGGGGGGGGUCCAGAAGUUAUGGUAGGUAGGGGAUCAACUACCAACAUGCAGUUCAACUUAAGCACUUUCGGUCGAGGGAGGGAAGAGUAAGCAAGUGCUAUUAUGCCCCUCCCUGGCCCAAACGUUUCUGUCGCAGACGAAAAGAAAACCAACUACUAAUGGAAAGUUCAAGGCUGCUAAGUAAUAUCUGCUGAGCCUGAGGCUCCAGAGCGGUUUCUCGUCCGAAACUCGUUUCGCUGAAAAUCAAAACCUCUUUCUCGGACCGUCCAGACCAAUCUGACCUGUAUAAAAAAAUACCCAGCAUGCGGUGGAGGCGCUUUGGGAAGGCUCGGCAUUUAGUCGGUGCCCAUCGGCCGUCAGGUGGUAGAAUGUCAGGAAUCAAACUCUACGGUCACUAAAACAAUAUAAAACUACGUGUAGAAUAGGUAGACGCACAAAACCGCAUCCGUUGGGUAGCUUCACUCCUGGAACUAGAAGAACUUGCGAUUUGAGGGGGGCUUUCGUCGAACUCCGAUUUUGCGGGUCACAGACUGGGCAUACACGCUUUACCCUUUAAGGCCAUCUGCGCGCUCUUAGUCUGUCUGUAUUGUAAGACUUGUUGUUUUUAAAGGCAGGCGUGAAACAGGAUACUAAGGCCACUUCCACCAACAAGAAGCGUUAAGCAGGGUGUUAUUGUGUGCGGAAUGUCGGUCCUGAGUUGUUCAGUUGUUACGAUAUGUACCGACGACGACGAGGACGACUGAGCUUCGUCCUUUGCUCAGAGUAACAUUUGAGACAGAGUAACAUUACCCACUGUCUUUGUCGAUAAUGCAACUGCCUACGUUACGCUCCGCCGUGCGGUUGCUGGCUGGGCUUGGGAAAGCCUCAAGGCCCAACGGGACGAGUGAGUUCCGCAACACGAUCGGUAAGGGCCCUCAACCACUAUAUAUACAUAUAUAUGUAGAUGCUAAAGAUUCGAGGUCCAGACAUUGUAGCACGUUCAGCAUCUCCCGAAGAAGACGAAGAAGAAGAGGGGGGCAAUUCAUGGAUAAUAUUGUAUUCGAGCUGACAUUUCGGAAACCUCCGCGUUUCCAUCAUCAGAUUAGCGUACUUGUUCCUCCUGCCAGUCUUGACCGACGACGACGACUAAGCUUCGUCCUUUGCGACAGUUAGCUAGGAGAUAAUUGUCAGUCGAUCAACUCGUCGCACCUUAAAACGGCAUAGAUGUUACUUAUCAUCAGAUCGCCCUCAUCAGUAUGACUGGACGCAUAAAACUGACGUAAGGUCGACCACGGAAAAACACCGCUUUAAAACCACAUCAGUGUGCACAACAAACACCGCAGAUUUGCGUGCCACAGGCAGUGGAUGUAUCAAUGAGAAGUCGGUCAAACCGCACGCAGUGAAUGGGCAGGCUUUUUUCUCGAUCAAGGUUUUAUGCAAGAAAAUAGGAUUGACGCCAGGUUGGCAUACAAAUUGGUGUCACUUGCAGCAAAUCUCAGAGGGAAUACAAGAGGCAAGAGAAGAGAGACAAAAUACUGGGCCCCGACCCUUUGAGUCCAGACCAUGGAUUGACAGCAGUGCCCCUCGUGAUUCAUUUCGACCCCCGAAGCCGUCGGUGAUGAUGAUGAUGAUGAUGAUGAUGAUGAUGAUGAUGAUGAUGAUGAUGAUGAUGAUGAUGAUGAUGAUGAUGAUGAUGAUGAUGAUGAUGAUGAUGAUGAUGAAAAUUCACGGGUGCCCCGAGCGCUUUGCUCAGUUAACUGA